AUGGACCCGAAGUCAAGCCCCUUGGAAGAGGCGGGUGAGAGUGAGGGAUUGUCUGGGCCGUGUUUAAGAAGAGAGACCCGGAGCCCCUUCAGGAAGCCGGUCCAAACGGGGUCUGACUGCUGUCCGUCUAAAGGUGCUGCUGAGAGAGAUCUUCAGGGGUUCCCAGCUGGAGGAAACUGCACAUCCUUGCCAUUAUGGGGCUCCACAGACUCGCUGGGGUACCCUUCAAUGAAACAGCUGGGAGCACUGAUUGCUGUGCAAGUCAGCAUCCCCAGUGUGCAAUCCGUUCAAACGUGGAAAUCUGCCACCAUGAAACGAUUUUCAGGGGUGUGCCCCCUCCUUUCAGAAGGUCACUUUGUUGAGGAGGUCGGAACUCCACUGGCUUUUAGGGCCCUGGACACACAAAACUGGUUGAUCACUGCAUACUGCACAGACACGUCCCACACAGGGAUGUACCCAGGGAUCUGUACAGUGAGAAGUUCAGGAGAAGCCUGGUUUCAGGAGCGGGCUGUUGGGGGUACAUGGAAUCUAUCCAUUUCCAAGCGUGUAGUAACUCAAAUGUACCUCUUUCCUUUGAAGGCUGAGCUGGAGGAGAGUGGACUUCCUUGCCCGGUGCAGCGGAUUAAAUGGGUCCCCCUGACACUUGGUGUUUGCCCUUGGUGCAGGGUCCUGAAACACUCUGUGGACGCCACCUAUGAGGAGCAGGGCCCAAGCCCUGGGUACCGCAUGGAGCUGUCCAUCUUCUACGUGGUCUACUUCGUGGUCUUCCCCUUCUUCUUCGUCAAUAUCUUUGUGGCCUUGAUCAUCAUCACCUUCCAGGAGCAGGGGGACAAGGUGAUGUCUGAAUGCAGCCUGGAGAAGAACGAGAUAUUGAACCUCUUUGUGGCGGUGAUCAUGGACAAUUUUGAGUACCUUACACGGGACUCUUCCAACCUAGGGCCUCACCACCUGGACGAGUUCAUCCAGGUCUGGGCUGAGUACGACCUGGCCGUGCGUUGCAGGGUUCAUUGUCAGGAUAUGUACAGUUUGUUGCGUUGUAUUGCGCCACCCAUCGGCUUAGGGAAGAACUGCCCUCGUAGGUUGCCCUACAAG